UUAUGCCUUUUGCAAACCCAACAGCCGUUGGGGCCUGGGGUCAAUUUUGAACCCAGCAGCCACUUGGUUCCAUUUCGAACCCAACACAGAUUUGGGUUUGGUGAAUCCCAUUCCUCUCUUCCUUUUUCCCUUUCUCUUUCAUCUUCCUUUCCUUUAUGCCUUCUAGAAACCCAAUAGCUGUUGGGGUUGAUUUCGAACCCAACAACUUUUCAAAUCCAACACAGAUCUGGGUUCGGUGAACCCCAUUUCUCUCCCUUUUUCCCUUUUUCUUUCAUCCUCCUUUACUUUAUGCCUUCUGCAAACCCAAUAGCCGUUGGGGCCAAUUUCAAACCUAGUAGCCACUAGGUUCCUGCUAGGUUGAUGGAGCCCAGCAGGUGCUAGGUUCGAAAUAGAAUAGGUGCUGGGUCUGAUUUCGAACCCAAUAGCUGCUGGGUUCGAUUUCAAACCCAGCACCUGCUAGCAGGGGCUGGGUUCGAAAGGUGCUUUAGUUUUUGUUUUUGUAGAAAUUUGGGAGGAGAUGUCUUGAUUUUUCUGGGUGGUUGAGAGAAAGAAUUGGGUUUAUAUUUGUGUUAUCUCUGGAUUUAAUAUUAGAAGGUGUUAGGGUUUGCAAAAGGAUCACGUCUUAUUUAGUUUUGUUUGGAUAAAUUUUUAAGUGGAUGUGGAGCCAGAUCUGCCUAUGGUGCGGUGGCUGCUUUUAAUAAUUUCUACCAAGCAAUGGAUUCUUAUGAAGAUUUGCAAAAUUGAUGCAAUGAAAAGGGAAAUGGAGGGCGAGGGAGCAUGGAGGCAUAAAACUCUAGCAGAAUUGAAGCUUCAGAUGAUGCUUUAAUUAAUGCUUUAGUUUAGCAAUUUAAUUUUCUCAUUUAAAAAAUGAUAUAUUACUGGUUAAUGAGUUAAUGUUUAUCAAAUUACUAAGUUUUGAAUAUUAUAUACUUUUGUUUUAAAUUGUAAUGUCAAUUUUAUUCACAUCUAAAUUUUUAGUAGAUUAUUUAAUGUUUUGUUCAAUAGUGCAAAAUAAAAUAAUUAAUAUUAA